CACACACACGCGUCUUAGUCAGUCCUGUAGCUGCAGCAAACGCAGCAGAAGCUCUUCAAAAGCUUUGCUGUAGCUUUGUACUCAUAGAUGCUUUUUUAGAUUUCACCACUGUGAUACAUUAAGUUGUAGAGGACUCUUCCAGUGUUUUCAUUGAAUAUAAUCAAGGAGUUUUUUCAGAAGACUUCCUGAUGGGGAAGAGAAAUGUCUUUUGAUGGUCUUUGACCUCAGAAACUUUGCACAACCCUUCUUUUCAUACUUUACUUUGAAAAAUUUUCACUGAUACUCAACUGUAUCCAGUAACUUAGCAAUCGUCAAAGAGGAUAACGUUGUUCUUUUCUAUGGAUGGACAGACUUGUGACAAAUCCAACACCUGGACUCAGCUGUAGCCAACUUCCUACUUCUUGUUUUCUUUGCGUCUGUGCCUAAGUCUCCUUCCAAAUAAUUUCCUGGUUUGAUGGCGCUGCUGGAGCACCUGCCUUGUGUCCGCAUUGACCCUGCCCCGCUCAAGCCUCCGCCAAUCAGCAGGAACAAGGAUGAGAGGGCCCUACGGUUUGAGUUAGAACGCCGGGCCUGUCAGAGUCUCAGACAAGUUCUCCAGCUGAAGCUACAACAGAGAAGGUCCAGAGAGGAGUUGGUCAACCAGGGGAUCAUGCCGCCUCUGAAAAGUUCAGCUUCCUUCCACGAACAGAGACGGAGCUUGGAACGAGCCCGGACCGAGGACUAUCUCAAGAGGAAGAUCAGAAGUCGACCGCAGCGCUCUGAACUAAUCAGGAUGCACAUCCUGGAGGAGACAUCAGCAGAGCCGUCACUUCAGGCCAAGCAGCUGCAACUAAAGAGAGCUCGCCUUGCCGAUGAUUUGAACGAUAAGAUCUCCCACCGGCCGGGGCCCAUGGAGCUGAUCCACAAAAACAUCCUGCCUGUUCACUCCAGCAUUAAACAGGCCAUCAUAGAGUUUCCGAAGGCUCCAUGUGAUAAUUCGUCAUGUGAUGAAGACAGCAAUUACAGUCUGUCUCCAGAGCAGCCGGUGAGCCAGGAGUCUCCUCUGGGCCUGUUACCUCCGCCUUCUCCUCCAGAGACGCUGGCUGGGAGCAGCAUCCCAUCUCCAACACAGGUGUCUCCACCUACUCCUUCUUUCACACCAAUCUCUGGAUCCUCCCCCUUAUUUAAGCUGACCAAUGGGACGGGAGUAUCAUCUGCCCAGAGGACAGGGGCAACUUCACUGAUAAAGUCCCAGCCCAAACCAAGCUCCGACCGCUCCGCACAGAGACACAAAAAAACAAAGGACAUCAAGCCAAAGAUUAAAAAGUUAAAGUACCAUCAGUACAUCCCACCCGACCAGAAGGGAGAUAAAGAGCCUCCUCCCCAUCUGGACUCAUCGUAUGCCAAAAUCCUCCAGCAGCAGCAGCUCUUCUUGCAGCUCCAGAUCCUCAAUCAGCAGCAGCAGCACUAUAACUACCAUGCCAUCCUGCCGGCACCACCCAAAGCUCAGACAGAUCAGCAGCCACCUGCCUCUUCCUCCUCCAAUUCCACAACCACCUCCUCCCCACCUCAACCUGUCGCUGCCCCCUCAACAGCCCCCUCUAACCCAGGCAGUCACAGCCGUCACACAUCUGCAAAACCAGUGUGUCUGCCUCCAAACCUGGAUGAAAUGAAGGUCGCGGAACUGAAGUCCGAGUUGAAGCUGCGCAGCUUGCCAGUCUCCGGCACCAAAAACGACCUCAUUGAGAGGCUGAGGACCUACCAGGAGCUGAAUGGAGGCAGCGACACUUCCUCCUCUUCGACAGCAGGGGGUACCACAGGGCCGGGGGCGGAAGGAGCAGGAAAAUCCUCCAAAUGUGCUGCAACCUCCAACAACAUCACAUCACAACAACAGCAACAGUUUCAGUAUCAGUGCCAUCAGACGUCUUCUGUGACCGCUGAUGCAGGUAGCAGUGAGACCACUCCUCAGCAGCUCCUGACCUGUAGCGGCAACAUCUCCCCCCCAGUCGUCUCACUCGCCCCCUCUGACCGCUCACCAGGCGCCAUGAGCCCAGAGGAUACCAGCUUUAGGAGCGACCCCAUGGGGGAAAUGAUGAAUUCACCUCUCAGCCAGGUGAACCUUCAGCCAUGUUCAGCUGCUCAGCUUCCAGCCAACAUUAAAGAGGAGCCAAAGUGUUCCACCCCAGCACCCUGUCAGUUCUCUGUAAAGCCCGCCUCUCUGCAGAACCAUCCCCUGGUCUCAUCAGGUGCCCUCACCGCUACAGCCACAGCUCCAGCUCCAGCAGUGACCGUGGACAAAGACAGGAUGCUGCAGCAGAAAGACGAGCAGAUAGAGAAGCUGACCAGGAUGCUGAUGCAGAAACAGAGGCUGGUGGAGGUGCUGAGGUGGCAGCUGGAGCAGGGGAACAGAGGAGGAGCAGAGCCGCUAGUUCUUGUAAGAGUUAAACAAGAGCCUCCUGAUAAGCCCGGUGUCCCUCUCUCAGCCCCCCCUCCUCCACCGUCAUCUGUUUCAUGUGAGAUGGAUGUUAUCAAGGUAACUGUCAAACAGGAAGCCAUGGAGGCAGAGGAAGGUGCAUGUGAAUCAGCUACCCAGUUACCAAACACUUGUGGAUUACAGCAGUCCUCAACCCGAACGCAGAAGGCGCAGGAGCAGAUUCGGCUCCAUGUCAAGCCGCAGCAGACGAGCUCACAGACAAAACAACAGCAUGUACGUCUGCAGCAAACCACUCUGCAACUGGCCCAGCAAGAGGCCAUACAGAAACUUUUGCUCCAGCAGCAGCAGCAGCAGCCGAACACUCAGAACCAGAAGCAGACAAUUCAGAACCGCGGUCAGACAGUGGAGAACCUGCAGAAACUUUCCCAGCAGAGAAAGAAGAAAUCUCACAAACAGCAGCUCAAACAGCUCCAGCAACAACAGCAGCAACUGUUGCCGUCACAGCAACAGCACCAACAGUCAAAACAACAUCACCAGCAGAUGCAGCUGAAGCAACAGAUUCUACUGAAGCAACAGAAGUCAUUUUUACAGCAGCAGCAGCAGACUAAACAACUGCAACAAAUCCAGAUACAGACCAAGAUACAUCUGAAGCAACAGCAGGUGCUGAUACAGCAGAAACAGCAGGCGCAGCAGCAGCAGUCGCCACAGGUGUCUCAAGCGUACCUCAACCAGCAGUCAGGCUCAGCUCCCUCUUUCCCUCUGGAUCACCUCAAGAGCGACUCCACCCCGACUCUGGUCUCCGAUAGCAACGGCAACCACUUCCUGAUUGCACUGACCAGUCACAUCACUGAGAACCAAAGAACUGAUGCACAGGGGAGCAAAGCAACCAAUCAAAUCACACUGCAGCGACUACAGUCGACACCCGCCAAGCUCCCCAGCCACAGCCCUGUUCAGCUGCCUAAAGCUGAUAAUCAAACCAAACAGAGCAUGCAUGUGGGAUUUUUGAAACAACAAGAGACAAAGCCACAGAGCGGGGGCCUUCGUGUGUCUGUAGAGCCGCCUCAGCAGGAAGUUGCUCAGUGUUCGUCAGCACCUCCCAGUCUGCAGCCUUUCUUCAGGGACCAGGAGACUGCUCCCUCACCUUCCUCUCAAACUGAGUUUUGCCCUGGUCUGGAUGUCUUGUUCAGUCCUCUGACUCCAGCUUCCAUUAAGACCGCUGCCUCAUCGCCUGAUAACAAAGAUGCAGAGCAUGAAGAUGAUUUUAUUGACAUCAUCUUACAGACAGGAGAAAUGUCAACCACCUUCAAACCAGCACCUGAUCCUUCUCUGGACCAUCUACAUCCACACUCCUCUCCUCCCUCCCCACUCCAGCUGUUGCUAUCACCCGCUGCCCCACCCAGCUAUGACACCCCACAGCCGACCCCCUCGGUUCAGUCUGAGCUUCAGACCCAGCUCGACGCCACAGAGGAGAAACAACGCCUCAGCAGCGCUGGGAGCGGACGCCUGGAGGACUUUCUCGAAAGCACCACCGGUAAGCCUCUCCUGGGGGUGGAGCCUGGAGGCCUGUUGACUUUGAUUGAUGACCUCCACAGUCAAAUGCUGUGCACCCCCAGCAUCCUGGACCAUCCCUUGUCUCCAAUGGAUACCUUCGACAUGGCAGCGGAAGGGGAGCAAGGGCUGGACGGUAUGGAUUGGUUGGACGGUAUUGGACUGGUUGGAGAGAAGAGAGAAGAGGCUCCCACGCUGGGCCCACUCUGCCCCCAGACACCUUCUAGUGUCUUUUCCGCUGAUUUCCUGGACAGCUCUGACCUGCACAUACACUGGGACUCCUGCCUUUAGCCUACAGACUAAUAAGGGGCUCUGCUGCACUCACUCACACAUUGACUGCUGGGGGGGGGCUCUUUCUGUAUCAUCUCACACGCUGGUGUAUUGAAUCUUCGAGCACUUUGACCUUUAUUUAUUUAAUUUACACUCUGGUGUAUUGAUUCUUUUGUGCAGACACUUAUUAGGCCGGUCCUAAAUCUGUUGUUGCUUCUUUAGCAACACUUCUGUCAACACAUUAGAGGGACUGCUGUGGAUGUGGACCCGAUAGUUGACAAGACACUUUUAACUGAGCCAUGGACCCGUCACUUACAUACACAUUAGUCUCAUCUUUUCUUGAAACCUUGUUUCAGUGAAGGAGUAUAUCGGUUUAUUUGACCUUUGUCUAAUUAGGAGUGCAAAUCCUUUGUUACUUUUUGUUGUAAAGAUAAUCAAUUGUUUACAGCUACAGCUAAUCAAUAACCAAAGUUCAGGUGAAAGACUGAUUUUCUCGCAGCAUAGUUUAUAGGAUGGAGCAAAGAGGUUUGCAGACAAGCUGCCCUCUGAUGCAUGGCCAUAAUUCUGCAUUAAUGUCAUUCAAGGUGAUACUUUGUUGUUGUGAGACGGGGAUUCUCAUGGAUAAUGAGAAGGAUGUCCCGAUACAUUUGUAUCAGAGCUGAUCAAGGCAUUUAUCAACUGAUCAGGACGGGCUAUAUGAUCUAUAUAGAGCCCAGUCUCAUCCUUUGUUUUUCGUCAGCUGUCACACAAGUGUUUUUACUCACUGAGUUUUAAUGCAGAGCAACACAAGAGCCGUUGUCAACUCUCAAACUCUCUGCUGUCUCACUUCACUGAGCUACCCAUGUGUAGGAGCAGGGACUGAGCCCCGCCUGCUGCGAAACAUCACACGCCACACACGAAAACAUACUAUGAGACUGUUUUUUUACGCUACAUAUCGAAGUUCUGUGCAGUCUCGUGCAUUUUGCUCUCAUCCAUGGCACAUGGUGUGUUACUGCCUUGCUGGGAGGACAGACAGACAGCAGUGCAGAGCUUGCAACAGCCACACUCAACAUGCCACUGUGAAUGCAACAAAAGCUAGGGCCGAACAUUAGAAUUAUAUCAGUUGAAACAGAAUCAGCUGUUGAACACAAAUAUUCAACUUUUUUUCCUUCCUAUAAAGUUUUAAAGUUUAAACAGGGCUCACCGUGAUGUUCAAUGUGACAGCAACAUUUAUUGCCAACACUAGAUAUCGGGCAAAAGCCAGAGACUGUGUCGUAUUAAGUAUCUGUGAACUGUGAAUUCACCACAUCCAUGCAGAAGAGAGAAGAGACUUGGAGUGAGAAGUUCCUCCUCUUCUGUGCUGCUGCAUCUUGUCCAGAGCUGUCUGUACCAAAGCGUGAAAGUCAAGACCGCUCAGUCCGCGGCAAAAUGUGGGGACGUCCCUAGAGGUACACUGCACAGCACAGUGACUAGCAAGAAAAAAAUAAAUACAGCCUGACUUGAGGCCAUCUCAGUUGGCUGAAGGGUUUCUGACUUGACGAUUUGAAUCUCUGAGUUUGAAGGGGCAGUCCUGACAAAAGCUAUUAGGCAAAAAGACCAAUAACAGUAAUUGAUUAAUGGAACUUAAUCCACACACAACAACAGAAAGAAACACUCAGUGGAAUACAGUUCAUUCAGGUAGGCUAACUCAGGUAAGGCUCUCUUAAAAGGACAGAGAAAUUCCCUCGAGACAGCGACAAGGCUGAAAAGAUUAAAGAGAGAGUUUUUGUGCUUUUAUACUUCAUUUUAACUUUGCAAGAAACUUUGACCGUGUGCCUGCGACCUCCUAUUACUGAGUAUUAAUGGCAGUGUAGCUGCAUUACUGAGGUACGUAGGCCACACACUGUCUGUGUCUACCACAUGUACUGCUGUACAUAUAACAGAUGAAUAAUAGGCUAAUAAAUUAACAAUUAAGGAACCUGUUGGAUGCAGGGAUUUUUUUUCUUAUUGCAUUGCAGAGCUCUUCAGUUGUCUUGCAUAGACUGUGCAUUGGAUUGAUUUAAACACCUUAAAGCAGUGGUUCCCACCCGGCCACAGGGUCCAGAUUUCUCCUUAAGCCUAGUUCACAUUACACAAUUUUCACCCUGACUUUGUGUCACAGAGACUAUCGUAAUCUUUUGAGUGUUCAUACCUGGCGACGUGUGUUUCUGUCAGCGGGAGUCUCGCCAACUGCGUUACAACCUGUGUGUGCACACCACAAGAUUUCUCCACCAAGCACUCGCCGACAGAGCCCCAGAUAACGCGGUGACGUCACCAAACUUGGAGACGACACAUGGUAAAGGCAUGGAUAUUCUUCCCAGUGUUGAAUCAGAUCUGCCUCCAGGGCCUGGGUCCAAACACAACGCGCUCCCCAUGAUCCUGUGGACGCCGCCAUUGUUGUUGUUGCUCGCCGGUUUGUCAGUGUUGCCAGAUCUUGGGAGAGAAACAAGCAACCAGGGCUAUGGAAACAAGCCCAAAAGAAGUGACAGAUAUAUAUAUAUAUAGAGAAAGGCAACAUUUGCAGGGCAAGCCCAAAUAAGCAACUCCACUUUAGAAACAAGCCCAAAAAAAAAAGCAACCUGCGACUACAAAUAUUUGUAAGUAUAUAAUAUUUGUUGCUUGCCGGCUUGUCAGUGUUGCCAGAUCUUGGGAGAGAAACAAGCAACCAGGGCUAUGGAAACAACUCCACUUUAGAAACAAGCCCAAAGUCGUGGCUAAUAAGCAGACCUGGCAACCCUGCAGCUUGUCCUCUUCACAUUUCUUCUGUCCUCCUGCGUGCUGAUGUGGGACGUAUCCCGCCUCUCAUUGGCUGAUGCUCUUUGUCAGUCAUGUCACACCUCUCCAGUUCUCUAGCAUGCCAGAUAUCCAGUCCCAGUCGCAGAUGAGGGGGCGACUUGCUCGUAGGCUUGUUCACACAUGAGGACUCGCCGUGGCAGACUAUCUGCCGACUCACCUCCGACCCAAGGCGGCGCUCAAGAUCCUCUGCGACGUCAAAAUCACAGUGAAAACCGUGUAAUGUGAACUAGGCUUUAGUCAUUUAGUCCACAAAGUUUAAAGGCGCUGUAUGUAAGAAUGUGGCCAAAACGGUUACUGCACUCAAAUUCAAAAUACUGCCGCGAGUCGUGUCCGCCCCCCCUCCCCUACAGAUUUGAGGUUGCUGGACAGCGGCACGCUGGAGACUGAUUUGUUUGCCCACGGGCAGCUCCUGUGGCAGGGCUGCGUCGUUGAUCUUCGGUUUUCCAGAGGACCGUUCGAGCAAGUCCGGCUUCUCCGCUGCUAACGCUGCUGCUAACGCUGGUGCCGGGAUACAGCUGAGGAGCCGGCUGCUAAUGCUAUGUACUGGGACACUGCUAAUGCUGCUUGCCGUGCUGCUGUAGCUCAGUCAUAACUGUAACUGAUGCUGAGACUCUACUGACUGCGUGACUGGUAGACGGCGGUGAGUGGAGCAACAGGCCAAAACACAAAUUCAAAACAUAAACAUGAUUUGCGGACUGUAAAUUUUUUUUUAAAUGCGAAUAUUCUGGCUGUACUAUUGUUGUCGGUGAGAUCAGUAUGUUAUAUGAACAUUAUUCCUUAGUCUCUGUGACAUAUUAGGAGGAUUUUAUGACUAUUUGCUUUAUAUUUUUUACAUAUAGCUCCUUUAACAUAUUCAGUGUCUUGCUUGGCCAUGUCGUUGAGCUAGUUUGUUGUCUCUGUCUGUUACAACAGGAAACGACACUUCAAAAUAAAAACUUGUGCAGGAAAUUUACUGCACUUCAAAAAUAAGGGGUAUUUUUCUUUAAAGUUGACACGUUCACGAGUCACUUGCAGGCCAUUCUGAGUGGACCUGCGACCCACCAGUUGGGAACCACAGCCUUAAAGUACCUGAAAUGCACUGUGCAGGUGUAUUACUAAGGAAAAUAGAAGUAUCGGAUCGAGACUUGGCGUCAGAAGAUACUCUAUAUUAAAUGACUCGGACUGGGAUCAGGGGCAACAAAAUAAUGGUCCAAUUUAUUAGGGACAAGGACUUAAUAUUAAAUAGAUGUGCAUAUUUAAAAUGUGCAUUUCUUUUUUUGUUUGGUUUUUUAUAGAAUUGCACUCUGAAUACGUCACGUGUGAAGCCAAGUGUCUUAAUAUUUAUUUGACAUAAUGCGACUUUAUAGAUUAAUGAAUUUCUCUAGUAUGAAACUUUCUGAAUGUGGUUGUUUACUGCAUCUAACAUGAAGUAUGCAGCUUGAUAUAAGUGUUCACCAUGCUUCAUGUCUACAUACAGUAAAGCACCAACAGGUUUUUGUGUUAACUUUGAAAACUUAAGUUUUAAAAAACUGCCAUACUGUCGUUUCACUCCCUUUCUGUUUGCACUUGUUUUAAUGCAAAAUAUAAAAGAAAAGGGAAACUUUAUAGAUUUCUGACAAAUGUCUUCUUAAUGAGGAUUCUUGUAAUAAUUCAGUUGUUGUUCUUAAUGGUGAUGUUUGACUGCUUUGUACUGUAUCAGUACUUUUGCCAAUAGGGAUUUAUUUAUGUCCCUUUCUUCUUUGAGAUUUUAUCAUGCUGUAAUAUACCAGUUCAGACACUGAGAAUGUAUCAUAGGAUGCAUUUGUUUGUAUAGAUUUUCAGAUUUCUUUCUGUGGAACACUGGUAAUGCAGGUUUGUGUGGACUAUGACAAAAUGUCUGUAUUGUGAAUCCAAAGCCUCUCUUGAGAAACUUUGGUGACUUUAAACACAAACACAUCGACACAAGUUCAUUUUUCAUUCACGGCAUCUUUUGAAUGUAUUAUUUUACACCUUUAUGCAUCUGUCACCACAGACAUACUACACCUUAGGUUUUACUGUUUGUCCAAUACGACCUCCUUCAUUUUCUGACUUUGCUGUUACAGUCUGGCUGCUUAAAGGUUCACAGCUUUUCAGCUCUGUCUUAAAACAAUAGUCAGGUGCCAAUAUAAACUUUGAUAUAUGUUUUUUAUUGUUACAAUAUGCCCCCCUGUUUGGCUUCCGUUCCUGAAAUGCGUUCAGUUAAAAUGAUGUAGAAAAUGUGAGUUUAUCCUUUAGAGCAACAACCCAAAACAAAACUCUCAGUUAUGUAGCACAAACGCAAACAGAAACUUUUGUAUUCUUUUGCUUUUAUUAAUACAAAUAAUCUUUUGAGGGAGUAUCCAGUAAAUAGUCAGGUAUCGUAUGCCAGACCUCGACUAAACACUGCAAACUCAUUUUAAAUAGUGACAACCACAUGUGCCUGAUUCACUCGCUUUUUAUGUGAGAUUUAUGGGGUUUUUAAGGAUUUUCAGUCCCUGACGUGAUGCAUCUCACACACUUUGGCUCUGUCAAACUUGUGAGGACUUUAAAAUAAUUACAAAGUUGUUUUUCUGCUGUAUUAUUCCUAUAAGUGUUGAACCGCCUCAUGUAAAAAUAUUGUGAAAGCAUUAGGAAAUAGUCGUUUGGCUUUGGGCAAAGUGUUUGAGCUGUUUGUUUACUGUGCAAUUUUGAUUUUUCUAAAAACAAAACGAGAUUUAUUAAUAAAAGAAAAGAUAAUUAUG